AUGUCGCCGUCCAGCACGCAACUGGACCCCACGACGGGAGAAUCCGGAAGAACUGGACCUACACCCGCCGCCGAAAUAUCGUCGGUCCCAGAUGCUGCCCGCCCGCGACGUCCCACAGUGCAGUCGGAUAUCCAGGAGACGAUCCUGCACCCGGGGACUGUGAGAAUCAAUGUGCAGGGCGCCUUUAUCGUCGACGAUGAGCCCUCCACGCCCGAAAGCGACGACUACACCCACGACCCGAGAGACAUUAGGCUUCCGAAUCAUACGGCGGUGGUAAGCCAUAUUGCUGUCGAUAUCGGAGGGUCCCUCGCCAAACUCGUUUACUUCUCGCGCGAACCCGAUGAAUCUAAAAUCGGCGGCCGGCUCAACUUCAUAAAAUUCGAGACGGAAAAGAUAGACGCAUGCAUCGAGUUUAUGCGCAAGCUGCAGGCCGACCACCAGCAGCUCAAUGGCGCGGCACCGGAGGAACUGUGUGUCAUGGCAACUGGCGGCGGGGCGUUCAAAUACUAUGACAGGAUAAAGAAGGCGCUAGGAGUGGAAGUCAUACGGGAGGACGAGAUGGAGUGUUUGAUCAUAGGGCUCGACUUCUUCAUCACCGAAAUACCCAACGAGGUCUUCACGUACAGCGAGGACUGCCCCAUGGACUUCAUUCCCUUCCCUCCUACGCCACCCUCGAUAUACCCCUACCUCCUCGUAAACAUCGGCUCCGGCGUGUCCAUGAUCAAGGUCUCGGGACCGCGGCAAUACGAACGUAUCGGUGGUACAUCGCUCGGGGGCGGAACACUUUGGGGAUUACUCUCCUUGCUAACGGGAGCCCGGAGUUUCGACGACAUGCUGAGACUUGCGGAGAACGGCGACAACUCGACAGUCGACCUGUUAGUAGGCGAUAUAUAUGGAACAGGGUAUAACAAGAUCGGGUUGAAGAGCUCGCACAUUGCCAGCUCCUUCGGCAAGGUCUACAAGCUGAAGCGAGCCGCUGAGAGCGAGGCUGAAGAUGGCUGUAACGGCGAUUUCAAACACCACUCAGAGGAAGAGCACGUUGCAGGCUCGUCGGAGCUCCCGCAUGCACCAGCCAAAUUCAAGCCAGAAGAUAUCUCGAGGUCAUUACUAUUCGCAGUAUCCAACAACAUCGGCCAGCUUGCAUACCUACACGCUGAAAAACACAACCUACAAUACAUUUACUUUGGAGGGUCCUUCAUUGGUGGUCACUCACAGACCAUGCAUACGCUAUCCUACGCGAUCCGGUUCUGGAGUAAGGACACGAAGCAGGCUUACUUCCUAAGGCACGAGGGGUAUCUAGGAGCCGUCGGUGCGUUUUUGAAGAGACAGCCGAGGAAUUGGGGAAGAAGGAAUAGUUUUGAGGGGCCGAAGAGGACAACGUCUGUAUAA